GCGUGUGUGUGUGUGUGUCUCAUUUGAGUUUUCCGACAAAUCCAGCGUGAAAAGUGUGGCAAAUGGCCGUGUAACACCUACAGUAACCUCUCCUCGCGGAGAAGUUUAAACUCCGACAUUACAUCAGCUGUUUCACGGCUUUUGUACGCUAUAAUUUAGCCUUUUUCCAACCGCUGCUGACAACACUGAAGAGAGAGUGUGCGGGUCGCGUGUGACGUUGACCAAGAGUAACAGCAGCGACAAAGGACGAGCAGCAGCAGCAGCAGGAACUCAAUUCGAGGGCCAUAAACAAAGGACACUGCAUUUAUAGCACUGGGCAACACAAGACGGACAGCUGGCAAGCGAAGUAGCAGAAGCAGCAGCAGUUGCAGGACCAGACGGAGCAGCACCGGGAGCAGGAGCAGUAGCUAGAACUACCCGGCAGCCAGCCAGCCAGAACAGCCCCAGAGAGCGCGACGUAAACCAAUGGGCACCAACUCGGGAGCCACCGCUGGCAUUAACAACAAGCCGGUUGGCGGUGCGGGAGCCGGCGUCCUCGGCGGCAGCGGCGUUGGUGUCGGCGUUGGCGGUGCCAACUCUUCGAUCGGCGGUGUGCUAUCCAACAGCUUGGGCGGCGGCAGUGGCGGUCUGAGUAUCAGCGGCUUGAACGCUGGUGGACAGAACGCCAAUGUUGGCGGUCUAGUCGGCGGCAUGAGCAACGUGGGCGACGACGGCAGCAACGGGAUGGCAGGCGGCGGUCCGAACAACCAGCAGGCCACCACGCCCCAGUACACAAUACCGGGCAUAUUGCACUUUAUCCAGCAUGAGUGGUCGCGCUUUGAGCUGGAGCGCUCACAAUGGGAUGUAGACAGGGCCGAAUUGCAGGCUCGCAUCGCAAUGCUCCUCGGGGAACGCAAGUGCUUGGAAAGCCUCAAAUCCGAUCUGACGCGUCGCAUCAAGAUGUUGGAGUAUGCCCUGCGUCAGGAGCGUGCCAAGUUCUAUCGGCUAAAGUAUGGGACAGAUCCGCCGCAGCUGAACGAGUUCAAGCCGUCGAACGAGGACGCUGGCCUGGCCGGCGAAGUGGCCACCGACUCGGAGGUGCCCUACAGCAGUGUCUCGAACACAACGUGGCGACAGGGCCGGCAAAUGCUGCGCCAAUAUCUGGCUGAAAUCGGCUACACAGACAACAUCAUCGAUGUGCGCUCGAACCGAGUGCGCUCGAUCCUUGGUCUGAACAAUAAUGCGGAGCACGACGGCAGCGGCGGCGGCCUGGGCGGAGGACUCGGCGCCGGCACUGGGGGCGAGAACCUCAGUCCGAACAUUAAUGGAAACGAGAGCAACAAGCGCGCCUCGGAGACGGAAGGCCGUCAUACUCCCGCUAAAAAAGUGCAACAAUCGAUCGACGAGAUCAUCGUGGACACCGAGGCGGCCGUAAUGGCGAACUUUGAGUUCCUGGGCGCCACCGAGAUGUCUGAUGACGAUGAGAUAUCCGACGAUCUGGAGAUGGUGGCCACCGACAAUGACGACACGGACGUGAAGCUGGCCAAGCGGGCCAAAUCCGGCAAGGAUAUGCUGACUGAAGUAUUUCCUAAUCUCCCCACAGAGGUUGACGGCUCACUGGGACUGGGUGAGCUGGCCCAACUGACAGUGAAUAACGAAUCUGACGGAGCUUACGACGCCAACUCGAAGGAUGGAACUGGCGGCAGUGCCGGCGGUGCUGGUUACCGCAAGACCUGGAACGCCAAGUAUACACUGCGCUCUCACUUCGACGGCGUUCGCUCGUUGAUUUUCCACCCGGAGGAGCCGGUGCUGAUUACCGCCUCCGAGGAUCACACGCUGAAGCUAUGGAAUCUGCAGAAGACGGUGCAGGCCAAGAAGUCGGCCAGUCUGGAUGUGGAGCCACUGUAUACGUUCCGGGCUCACACAGGUCCAGUUCUGUGCCUGGGUAUGUCCUCCACCGGCGAGACAUGCUACUCGGGCGGCCUGGAUGGCAACAUCGAGUGCUGGCAGCUGCCUUCCCCGAACAUUGAUCCGUAUGAUUGCUACGACCCGAACGUUCACUCCGGCACCCUGGAGGGACACACAGACGCCGUUUGGGGCCUGACCACUAUGCAGAGUAAUAUCGUGUCAUGCUCGGCGGAUGGAACCGUGAAACUCUGGUCGCCCUACAACAAGGAACCGCUGCUGCGCACCUACACGGCCUCGGAGGCGGAGGGUGUGCCCUCGUCAGUGGACUUUGUCCGCAACGAGGUCGACCACAUUGUGGUGGCGUAUAAUAGUGCACACUGCAUCGUUUACGACACGGAGACGGGUAAGCAGGUGGUGCGACUGGAAGCGGCACAGGAGAUGUCCGGCAACACGGGGAAAUUCAUUAACAAGGUUGUGUCGCAUCCGACACUACCCAUCACGAUUACGGCGCACGAGGAUCGGCAUAUUCGAUUCUGGGACAACACAUCCGGCACGCUUGUCCACUCCAUGGUGGCGCAUUUGGAGCCGGUCACCUCGUUGGCCGUUGAUGCGCACGGGCUGUACUUGCUGUCCGGCUCGCACGACUGCUCGAUACGGCUGUGGAAUCUGGACAAUAAGACGUGCGUGCAGGAGAUCACCGCGCACCGUAAAAAGUUUGAUGAGAGCAUAUUCGAUGUGGCCUUCCAUGCCACCAAGCCGUACAUCGCCAGUGCAGGGGCCGAUGGCCUCGCCAAGGUGUUUGUCUAAAACGAAGACCACAAGCGCGAGACUGGCCCAGCCGGAUCGAUAGAAUUCAGAAUUCAGAAUCCAGAAUCCAGAGUGCAGAUUGCAGACGCAAACGCAGAUGCCAGCAGCUCACAGCUAAGCGAUUACGAGUUCGAGUUAAAUAAUUAUACAUACAUUAUAUAUAUACUAUACAUUUAAAUCUAAUUAUACUUCAACCGAGAACAACAAAUUAUGCAUACAACAAUAAGGAAAUGAUGAAAGAGGAGAAAAGCUCCAAUUGCUGCUAUAACGUAACGUAACUUAAACAAAAACCAUAAUAAAUUCAAAAUGAGAAAAGGCAUUUCAAAGCGAGCAACAAACAGAGUCAAGUAGCAAGAGGACUAAAGAGUCAAACGAGAGUCGUGUGUGUAAUCUAGGAAAGUAAUGUAACACUCUAAAAGCAAUGCAUAAUACACGGCAUAUAACCACAAAACGAUACAAGUGCAACAUACACACACACACACACAUGAACCUUAUGUAUUUCAACACCGUGUAGCAGCAAAAGAGUUUGAUCUUGCUGCAGAUCUCGCCCCGAAUGACAAUAUGGGGACGAUCUACUCAAGAUCGAUCAUCUUUUCGGUUUUAGUUUUAGUGGCACUUGCACAGCGAUUGAUCGAUCAGAAUCGAACGAUUGCCCAUACAAUACACAGCCCGACAUCCUGUACAUUUUAUAUACAUAAUACACCCACAAUAUACAUACAUAUAUAUACUUAUUUUGUGCCCACGGACUGCCGGGCAACGACAACUGUAUAGGCAAACUCGCUGUGUAAGUGCCGGGACACGUUGAUUCCCUCCCUGCAGGCCGGCUCAAGCAAGUGCUUCCUGCAGCCUGGAGCGGAUGGAUACGUAAAGAUGUAGACGAUCAAAUUCUAUAGGAUAAGCAAGGCAUAUGCAUAUAACCAACCACAUAACCCCGACUCCAUAUUAGCGAAGGAGAGCGCGAUGAAUUGUAAAUUAACAUUAAUUAGAGGGCGAGAGCGAGGACGACUGUUGUCGGCGGGCGGCUUAUUUAUGUCAAGUAGCGACCACACAAACGGAAACUUUACUAAUUAGUAAGUGCAGAAUGCGCGUUGCUUUAAAUCUAUUAUUUGUAUUGUCGUUAAAAAAGAGUAAUAGUAGGGGGUGUACGCAAUUCUUGAGGGACAAUCGAUCGAUUGUCCGCGACGACCAUGAUCAGAUGAGGUAUAAAUAAUAAUGAUGAUUGCAGGCAAGCUAUAAACACUAUGCUAAGCUAUUUAUUUAAUUUAUGCCUAGUAUUAAACCGAAGGAUAAACAAACAAACAAAUGUUGGCGCCAAUCGCUGAUCCAAUGGAUUUCGUAGUUGAAUAUAAAUUAGAUCCGCUUAUCGAUGGAUGCUGCGUACUCGUAUUUUUAAUCAAUGAUCACAUAUAAAUAGAAUUGUGAAUUGAACGUGAAAGCCGAGCAACUCAAUAUUAGUUUUUAGUAUUACCAAUUAUUAUUAUUUUACGUGACACACACUUUACCCACACCCCGAAAAGUUGAUAUUUGAAAACGAUGAAUCCGGAACCCGAAUCAAAACUAAAACAAAAUCGUAAACG